UGGGAGAAAAGAAUAUACAAAGUUCUUCAGGCUAAGGUGCAAAUUAUACAUGAUUGACAAUGGUGUAAAUGAUUACAAGGAGAAAGGUUACUCUAGAAAUCAUUACAUUGCCUGGUCAGUUUUGUACUAUGUUCUGCUCUCAUUACUUGGAAAAAAACGACUGGUAAAGGGGCAUCACUCCAAGUACUUUUAAUUAGCACGUCUGAGCUCCACAUCUCCAGUCAGUCUUCCCAAGGUGCCUUUUGGGGAGCAUUUCCUGACAGCUAAAUGAACCAGUGAAGAGGAUUUGCUGCAGGCCGCUCAAUCCACUCUGCCCGGAGCAAACAGCAUCUUCAUUUAUAUCCUGCCAUGAAGAUUUGUAAGUUACGGGCUCUAACAUCGUUGUGGACUCUGAAACCUCCUUGUAGGACUUUCCAUGGGCAUCCCAGGCUGCUUGUCUCUGAUGUGCACUCUCAGUAUGAGUCCGUCAGACGUGGUGAACAGGAAAUACCAAAGUAUUUUAACUUUGCAAGCGAUGUACUGGACAAAUGGUCUGAGAUUGAAAAGGCUGGAAAAAGACCAACAAAAUCCGCGUUUUGGUGGAUAAGUGGAAAUGGAGAAGAAGUAAAGUGGAACUUUCAGGAACUGGGAAUCCUUUCUCGCAAAGUGGCCAACGUGUUGACCAAAGUGUGUGGACUGCAAAAAGGGGACAGAGUCUUUGUGGUCCUGCCACGAAUCCCAGAAUGGUGGCUGCUGAACGUGGCGUGCAUUCGAGCCGGAAUUGUCUUAAUUCCAGGAAUAUCCCAAUUAUCAGCCAAAGACAUAUUAUAUCGACUCCAGGCUUCGAAGGCCAAGUGCAUCAUUACCAAUGACAUCCUGGCUCCUGCAGUAGACUCAGUGGCAUCUGAGUGCCAGUUUCUGAAAUACAAGCUGAUGGUGUCCAAAGGCAGCAGGGAGGGAUGGCUGAACUUCAAUGACCUGUACAAAAACCAGCCUGCUGACCAUCCCUGCGCCAAAACAAGGCUUCAAGACUCGAUGACGAUCUUCUUUACCAGUGGAACCACAGGUUCUCCAAAGAUGGUCGAACAUUCCCAGGGCAGCCUUGGUUUUAGACCCCUGUUAUGUGAAAGAUUCUGGUUGGAUGUGGCUCCAUCGGACACAGUGUGGGGCAUUACAGACACAGGCUGGAUAGUAACUUCGCUGACAUCUGUAUUCGAUGCCUGGUCUUCAGGAUCAUGCGUCUUUGUCCACCAGCUCCCAAAGAUUGAAUCAUCAGUUAUCCUAAAUACUCUCUGCAACUUCCCCAUCGACACCAUCGUUGGUGCUCCCACGCUGUACCGCAUGCUGGUGCAAGCUGAUCUCUCCAGUUACAAAUUCAUGAACCUGAAGCACUGCCUGAGUGGAGGGGAGCCGCUGAACCCAGAAGUCAUUGACCAGUGGAAAAGCAAGACAGGGCUGGACAUCCAUGAAGUAUAUGGCCAGACUGAAGCGGGAAUCAUCUGCUCUGUUUCUAAAGGAAUGAAGAUCAAACCUGGAUCAAUGGGAAAGGCCGCUCCCCCAUUUGAUGUUCAGAUUGUGGACAAAAACGCUAAUGUUCUGCCUCCUGGACAGCAGGGGGAAAUUGCUGUCAGAAGCAAACCUGUAAGACCACUUGGUUUAUUCACUGAAUACAUAGAUAACCCUAAGAAAACUGCAGAAAGUGAGCGUGGGGAUUUUUACGUCACAGGAGACAGAGGGACCAUGGAUGAAGACGGAUAUUUUUGGUUUAUUGGAAGAGACGACGAUAUCAUCAUUUCUUCAGGGUAUCGCAUUGGGCCAUUUGAGGUAGAGAGUGCCCUGAUAGAACACCCAGCAGUAGCAGAAACAGCUGUUGUCAGCAGCCCAGAUCCCCUCAGAGGAGAGGUUGUGAAAGCAUUUGUGGUCCUGUCUGAUGCCUUUUCAUCCAGUGAUUGUGAAAGUUUAGCCCGCGACUUGCAAGAGCAUGUCAAGAAAACUACUGCUCCAUAUAAAUACCCCAGGAAGGUGGAAUUUGUCCGGGAGCUGCCGAAGACAAUCACUGGGAAGAUAAAGAGGGAUGAAUUAAGAGCCAAAGAGUGGGGAAAGAAGUAGCACUGUGUGGAAUUUAACAGAACUUCAGUUGUUCCAUUACUGCUAUAUUUCUCUGUUUAAAUCGGCCUGGUCUGCUUUUGUUAAAUGCCUGAGCAUCAAAACCUGUACAUAAUACCAAAGUGUGAUGUUUGUAAAACCUUCCAAUGUCAGCACUACAGGUUCAGGUCCUGAUGUGCUGCUGGGAGAACAAACCAAUUAUACAAUUCCAUUCUAGUCCUUGCUAUCCAAAAGUUCAUACAUACCGUAGUGUCACAUAUCACUGCCACAAGCUCUAUCUGUCUCCAGCUCUGUUUCCCUUAAAAGUCAUUCAUUUCUGGACCUUCCAGGUUCUCUGCCUCUUCUAAACCUGCUUUGUUUUACUACUGCACACUCAGCCAGAAGCAAAAAGCAUAAUUAUAAGCACAUGCAUGUAAAUAUAAGCAAGUGUAUAAGCAGGAAUUCAGAGACCCUGGAGACGAUCUCUGCUUGUCUUACCAAGUAAGUUAAUAUGUAGUUUGCUGUCUAAGAAGUCCUUAAUGAUUUUGCAGUUUGUGUUUUGAACUUUGUAUUGCAGAUUUGCUGGAUGGUGACUUUCCUAACUCUUGGUUUGCUAUUUUAGCCAUUGCACUGAGCUGAAGCAUUUAAUAAAUGACCUACAACUUCAUCUUCUGUGCAGUACAAACACAGGAAUAAAGCCGUAAUGGAAAACAGA